AUGGAGCCAAUUGCGAUUGUUGGCAUGUCAUGCCGGCUACCUGGGGACAUUCACUCGCCCUCCCAGCUCUGGGAGUAUUUGAAGCAAGGAAAGGAUGCGCAGUCCAAAAUUCCAGCGAACCGAUUCAACGUGGACAGCUGGUAUCAUCCAGAUAGCCAUCGGCCAGGCAGUGUGAAUGCGAAGGGUGGUUACUUCCUCAGCCAUGACGAUAGUUUCAGGUCCUUUGACCCUCGGUUCUUCGGUGUCAGUUCCAUCGAAGCGAAAUCGAUGGAUCCGCAGCAACGUAAGCUUUGUGAGACAGUAUACGAGUGUCUCGAGGCCGCCGGGGCUCGAUUGGCCGACAUGUCUGGAUCUUCCACUGGGUGUUUCGUUGGCAACUUCACCUACGACGCUGCCUACGAUCAGUGGAAGGACAUUGAAUAUGUCAUGCCGUAUCAAACCACGGGGUCCGGCGCCACGAUCCUGAGCAAUAGAAUCAACUACCUGUUCAACCUGAAGGGGCCAAGUCUCACGGUGGAUACUGCAUGCUCGAGUGUUAUGUACGCCUUGCACUAUGCCAUUCAGUCGAUCCACAACGGAGACUGCUCGGCGGCCAUCGUAGGAGGCACAAAUCUUGUGUUUGGACUCGAGCAACACAUAGGGAGUGUCGCCCUUGGCGCUUUGUCUCCAACUUCGACUUGCCACACUUUCGACGAGUCCGCGGACGGCUAUGGGAGAGCGGACGCAGUUGGUGCUCUCUACGUCAAGCGCUUAUCAGAUGCCAUUCAGAAUGGUGACCCGAUUCGUGCGAUAAUACGAGGCACAGCAGUCAAUACGAAUGGCAGAAGCGCCGGCAUUAGCCAUCCAAGUGUUCACCAACAGGAGGCUGUCAUACGGGCAGCUUAUACACAUGCUGACUUGCCCUUGAACGAAACCAGCUACUUUGAGUGCCACGGUACUGGUACCCAAGUUGGCGAUCCCAUCGAGGUUGAUGCGAUUGGCAGAGUCUUCGGAGACCAUCACUCUUCUGAUAACCCAUUGCUGAUUGGAAGUGUAAAGACAAAUCUUGGUCAUGGGGAGGCAGCUAGCGCAAUCGCCAGCAUCAUUAAAGCUUCCAUGGUGUUGGAAACAGGACAGGUGCCUGCAACCGUGGGCAUUCGGACUCUCAAUCCUCACCUCAAACUACUGGGCGGUGCUAUCAAGAUCUGUCAGUCCACUACCGUUCUGAGCGACACACAGGCUCGGUAUCGUAGGGCAAGCGUCAACUCCUUUGGCUACGGAGGCGCCAACGCUCACGCAAUUCUGGACGCCACCCAAUCUUAUUUUGGCGACACAUUACGGGCGCAAGCAUUGCAUGCUGUCAAAUGGUUAAGCCCACCGAGGACUGUCUUCGUAGACACACUCUGCUCUUCGCCCACUGGCAGACUGUAUCUCCUACCAUUUGCAGCACACAACGAGAUCACAUUACAAGCAAUAGUGAACAGCAUCAACUUAUCUCGAGGUUCACUUGACGUGCCGAAUCUGGCCUAUACACUGUCAGUGAGAAGAGAACUCUUUGCCUCGAGGGCCUUCCAAGUGGUCCGUGCCACGAAAAACUCCUCACAAACGUUACCAGUCGAUCCCGCAACCACUGCGACCCACAAGACUCGUUGCCCAACUAUCGCUUUCGUGUUCACUGGGCAGGGAGCCCAAUGGGCUCACAUGGGAUUGACGCUGGCCGACCAGUUCCCAAUCGUUCUCUCCACAAUCACCAGGCUUGAUGCAGCUUUGGCAAGUACCACAAUACCUCCAGACUGGAACAUCCUCGACGUUCUCCGCGAGACCGGGGAGUCCAGUCGGAUCCACGACACGGAAAAAUCGCAGACCAUCUGCACUGCCCUUCAGAUUGCACUAGUUGAUCUCCUCCACUCAUGGCGAGUCCGAGCAGAGGCUGUCGUUGGCCACUCUUCAGGAGAGAUUGCAGCAGCCUAUGCCGCAGGUCUAUGCUCUGCGGAAGACGCUAUUCGCAUCGCUUAUUUCCGAGGCCUUGCUGCAUCCACGGAACAGCAUCCUGGCGCUAUGAUGGCCGUAGGUCUCUCGCCGGACGAGAUGGAAACAUACAUAUGCGAUCGAGAAGACGUGGUAGUGGCGUGCCACAACAGCCCACGAAGUGUGACAUUGAGCGGCUCAACAGCCGCCAUCGAAAGCCUUUUUGUGUUACUUGCAGAGCGAAAGAUCUUCGCUCGGGUCCUCAGAACGUCAGGAAACGCGUAUCACUCCUGGUUAAUGACUGCUGCUGGUAUAAAAUAUCAGACCCUGCUGGAUGAGCACUUCUCAGAUGCUCAAUCGACGGGAGAUCAGUGUUCAGCCAUGCGAGCCACGAUGGUCUCGUCAGUGACGACGAGGACUAUUGGCGGGCCCCUGCCGACAUCUUAUUGGAGACAGAACCUGACUUCUAUGGUGGCAUUCAACGAUGCCAUUGGAAAGAUGCUGGACAUGUUUCCCCAAGUUGAUCACGUACUGGAAAUUGGGCCACACUCUGCGCUGGCGGGCCCUCUACGGGACAUCAUCGCAAAGCACCCUUCCGCGGCUGAGAAAGUGUCCUACCUUCAGACACUCUCGAGAGCAUCAGAUAGUGCGGCCGACAUGCUUGGGCUUGCUGGAAAGCUCUUCUUGAAGACGCUACCUCUUGAUCUGGCCACAGUCAACGGCUUCGAAAAGAUAUCGGCGGAGAAGCUGUCAGACCCAGCGAGACAAUGCCACGUCCUUACCAGCCUUCCACCAUAUCCAUGGACAUACACAGAUCAGGAUCAGAUCAUACCACUGGAGUCUCGUCUUUGUAGAGAUAUCAAAUUUCGUCCAUUCAUGCGCCAUGAUCUGCUUGGCAGUAGGGUGCCUGGAUCUUCUCCCGAUUGCCCAGUCUGGAGAAACGUGAUCAAACUGGAGAAUGUUCCAUGGCUCAAAGACCAUCAGAUUGCAGGUAACUUCGUCUUCCCAGCUGCAGGCUAUGUGGCUAUUGCACUCGAAGCGGGCUCUCAAGCCUUCGCUCCGCUCAAGAUACCUCUAGAAGCUCUCUCAAUUGCCGAUCUAACCAUUGGCUCCGCAUUGCUGCUGCGGAAAGAAGUGGCCGUAGAAGUCAUCGUCGACGCUUGGAUCGAUCGCAAAACGGACGUCGAGCUCAGAUUUUCUAUCAAGAGUACGGCAUCAGAUCAAUGGACCGAGCACGCGACUGGCAUCGUCCACGCUGGUAGUACCAUGAACGGUCCCAGUGGCCAGCAUGCUCCUGCUAAGGGCAGUGGCGGAAGAUGGGGCGUGAACGCGGACAGCUACAGCAAGAUGUGGUUCGAAGCGAUGAGUAACGUGGGCAUGGAAUAUGGACCAGGCUUUACUCUUCUUUCCGAUAUCAGCACUCGCGCAACAACCCUCGAGGCCUCGGCGACGGUCCCGCUACAAGCAACCUCACUUGCAAUGCCUAACCAGUCGACGUAUACUCUACACCCUACCGUGGUCGACGCAGCUUUCCAGCUGAUCGUGAUUGCUGUACACGAGGGCAAGCCUUAUACGUUCACCAAGCCAUACAUACCGACGGUCAUCACCAAUCUGGUCGCUUCACGGCCGCUACCGAGUGCCACGCCUGAUUUAGCCUACAUCAAAGUGACAGGCAAGAGGCAAGGAUUACGUCAAAUCGUUGGUACAGCAACGAUCACGGAUGCUGCACAGCAAAUUUUACUUCAAAUGGAUGUUGAACUGACAUCUCUGGAGUCGCAAUUGUCGACAAACAAGAAAUCUGCAGCGGUUCAACCAUACAAUCGUGUGAUCUGGAGGCCUGACUUCGAUCUAAUCACGGCCGCACAACUCUCCGACCUACUGCCAUACCGCCAAGAUGACAUACAGGUCAAGAUCCGCUUCGAAAGCCUCAACGAGUGCUGCAUUCUUAUCUUGCUCAACGACUACACGAGAGUGCCAGCCGGCAGGGCACGGGAUGAUUUGCCGUUCCAUAUGCAAAAGUGGGUGACAUGGGUGGAGACUCAAGGAAAACUUCUGUCUCAAGCUCAUCACUUCUCCGAAAUGUCCACCGAGGCUCGCGAGAGACGUAUUGCUGCCCUGGUCGCUGAGUUUGGCGAAGACAUUCCCGAACUUGCGCUGGUUGCUCGCCUACACUACCACAUGUCCGACAUCGUUUUCGGACGUGCGGCACCCUUGGAACUCAUGGUCAAGGAUGGUCUUCUGUCCAAAGUUUACGAAGAGGGCUUCUCGGGAGCUGGAGCAUACGAUAGACUUGCUAGUGUUCUCCACUUGAUCGGGCAUAAGAAUCCCGGAAGCAGGAUACUGGAGAUAGGCGCUGGCUCUGGAGGUGCCACAAUGCCUGCUCUGAAUGCUCUUCGAGGUAACACAUCGUUCCCCCAAUAUCGCGAGUACGUCUUCACCGACGUUUCCACGGCGUUCCUUUCCAGGGCAAAAGACAAAUUCAGCGGUUAUUUGAACGUCAGCUACGCCAUCCUGGACAUCGAAGGUGUCGAAGCUCAAGGAUUUGACGAAGGAUCCUUCGACGUGAUCAUUGCCUCCAAUGUCAUUCAUGCAACCAAGUCCAUCGUGCAAACGCUGAAGAACUGCAGAAAGUUGUUGGCACCAGGCGGACGGCUGAUUCUGGUAGAAACCACGGAGAUUCGUCUUGUGACAGGCCUUCUAGUUGGCCAGUUGCCAGGCUAUUGGCUGGGCGUCGACGACUGUAGACCAGAUGGUCCUUUCAUCUCUGCAGACGAAUGGCACACGCGCCUUGUCAAUGCCUGCCUUUCUGGUGCAGACCAUGUGUUACACGACUACUCGAAGCCGUACGACUCCACGGCAGUCAUCGUAUCACGUAACACAGAGGACUAUGUCAUUGUGCCGAAGCUGGAAGAUCCAUCGAUAGCAGAGCUGUCAGCGGCCUCAUCAACAGGUCAAGUCUACCUAGUGUAUUUGGACAGCCCACAUCCGGUUCUUGCCCAACUUGAGGCUCAUUAUGAAUCCUGCGGGGUCGCCUGUCACCGUGCCUCACUGAAAGAUCUCGGUCAGGUCACCCAGAAAGGCAUUCGAGCGGUCAUACUUGUUGAGCUCGAGAUGCCAGUGUUGUUCGAGCUAUCGGAUGAGAUACUCCAAGGUCUGCAACACUUGAGCCAGGUUGCAGCCUCAGCGAUUUACGUGACGAAUGCUGGUACGCUUUGCGGAAAGUUCCCCGAGAAGUCUCUGGUCGUUGGUCUUGUCAGAUCGAUAUCCAUCGAGGAGCCAUCGUUCCGUGUCGCUACGGUCGAUCUAGAUCCAGAAGCUCUUCCAAGUUCACUCCAGCGCGCAGCACAAAUUGUCGCAAAUGUUGAGAUCGGGUUCAGCAAGAACCCCGAUACCGAGGACGAUUACAACUUCGUCGAGCAAGACGGGGUGUUGCACAUCAGUCGCAACAUUGUUGACACGGAUGAGAACUCAUCGUAUCACAUGCUGCAUACUGAGACUACUCAGCUACGUUCAUGCCCAAGCGAUGCAUCGGCUUACUUCACUCGGGUAGAAGACUUCGAUGCCCUCUACUGGGACUCCAAAGAGCCCCCCAUGCAGACCCCGAGUACGAAUGUCCGGGUCGAGCUUUCGAGAUGUUCAUUAGAUGUCUACGUCGCUGGCAUGUUGAGGGGACUCAAAGACUACCCAUUUCACGGCAUUGAGUGCGUGGGGAUCGUGCAGGCCGUUGCGUCAGCUGUAGUCACUUGCAAACCAGGAGAUCGAAUACUGUACCUCGGAUCCAACUGGCUGGAAACAACGUCCAAUGUUCAUGAGGGAGACUGUGUUCUUCUCUCGGACACCAGCAAGUCUAUGAACGGAAGUCUCCAUACAGACUCCCUGAUGCAAUCGACCUCGAACGGCAUUGGUGUACAUGGAACAAAUGCGUGCAGCAUGCAACCCUUCCGGGACACCGAAGAAUUCGAAGGACAGUACAAAUGCUUCGGCUUAGCAUGGCAGCUCUACAAGACAAUUCGCAGUGAUUUGCUCGGGAAGAGCGUCUUGAUCGACCUACCGACCCAAGUGCUCGGCUACGCGCUAUCGCAGCUGAUGACGAUGCACGGAUCUUCCGUGACGGCAGUAUACAAGUCUCAACAAGAGCAUCAUUUGUUGGGCAGUAUCUCAACACUAUCGACCACCGUCGACGACGAAUUCGUCUGGAGCGGCAAGUGUCAAUUUGAUGUGAUCAUUACUGACCGCAUCACCGCUUCGCCAGAUGCCUUUUCCAAGUGCUUGCGUGGUCAAGGCGAGGUGCUCAUCGUCGGCCACCACAAAAGAGGACGACAAGAUGCUGUGUCCCAGCUCGCCCCAUCUUUACUGUCCAGGGGAUUCGCUGUGCAUAUCUUCGACGUUCUGGAGGCUUUGUCCGCGAAGCGCAAACAGCUCGUUGGGUCUAUCAGAGCCGUCAUUGAUCUCGCAAAGAAGGGUAGCCUUCGUCCAGCGCCUCGACACAUCUUCCCACUGUCGGAAAUCAAGGAUGCCGUGCGCGCAACUCAGGAUUUGGACAAAUACGCUGCAGUGACUCUAUCGCGAGAGCCCGGAGACCUGGUACCCGUCCGCCAAAGACCCGAACCCGUAAGGUUCCGCCCCGACUCAUCGUACAUCCUCAUCGGGUGCCUUGGUGGGUUGGGUCGUGUCAUCACCAUGUGGAUGAUAUCCCGUGGUGCCCGGCACCUCACCUUCCUUUCACGAAGCGCAGCAGACAAGCCAGAGGCCGCUUCGCUCGUGCAAGAGUUGGCGGAGUUGGCGGAACGGGAAAUGCCGGAUUUGCAGUUUGACAUUGUCCGGGGCGAUGUCUCGAAUGCGCAGCAUGUGAAGAAGACUGUCGAUAUCGCUGCUGCACAAGGCCCGAUCAGAGGAGUAAUACAUGCCGCCAUGGUCUUGAAGGAGAGCCUCUUCAAUGCCAUGACACUCGAUAUCUGGAAUCAGGUAGUGCAGCCGAAAGUUCGCGGCGCACAGCAUUUGCAUCAGCAGACCUUGGGCUGCGAUCUGGACUUCUUCGUCAUGACAAGCACCAUUCUGUCGGUCGUGGGCGCCGCAACUCAAAGUAACUACGCCGCGGCCAAUGCGUACCUAGACCAUCUGGCCCGCCACCGCCAUCACCGAGGUCUACAAGCAACCUCCAUCUCUAUCGGCAUGGUCGUCAACGUUGGCUACGUAGAAGAACACGAAGCGAGUGCCAUCGCUCUUCGCCGGAACGGAAUGUACGGCAUCAACAUGGAAGAGUUCUUGGACAACCUCGAGCUGUCAUGUCGCAGGAAAGACAUGACCAAAGUAUUAGAUUGCUUCGAUCCUUGCGCUGCCUCCAACCUCAUCACUGGAAUGGAUCCCACACGUAUCACGCGGAACAGUAGCAAGAGUAUCUGGCACAGAGAUGCACGCCUGCGCCAUUUCACACAGGCUUUGGAGCAAGGAUCUGGUGCCUCCGUGCGCGAACAAGUUGUUCAGAAGGGUAGCUUGGCCAUGGAACUGCGAGAAGCCGCAAAAGACGGAGAAGCCGCCGCUCGACUGAAGUUGACGCAGCUAUUGACGGAACGGAUUGCAAGUCUAGUCAUGGUACCAGUAGAACAGAUUGAUGUCGGGGACGCACUGCCCGCAUAUGGUAUGGACAGCAUGAUUGGUGCAGAGCUACGGGCAUGGCUCCAGAGAGAACUGGGAGCAGAUGUGCCAUUCUUGGUCAUUUUGGAUCAGAACUUGACAUUCAAGGCUUUAGCGGGAAUUGUGUUCAAGUCUAUCGAUUUGGCACAGCAGAAUAUCACACAGUAG